GUAGUUAAUUAUCAACUUGUGGGUGGGGCUGAAACUGCGGCGCAAAGAAAGCUUCGCCUAUGGAGUCAAUUUCUUUGUUCAUUCUUCGUCUCUCCUUCCCACUGCUACUAGUCCUGUCUAAUGGAGUCCUUUCAUCUGCUCCUGGCGACACUGGCGGGUACUGCUUAUCCAACUCGGCUCUACCGGACUACCCGCAAACGGUCAAACGGUUAAUGGACUCCUGGAGCUACGGACUACUACUGGGGCCCGGCGGAGUCUGGAGCACCAUUGAUGCUGAUAAUGACAAUAAAACUUGGUCCCCAGUUCCUCUUGAAACCUGCCGAGAGAGAGUCAGUAUUUCAGAACCUCAGAACCUUCCUCAGGACAACUGGCUCAUAACCCAAUACAUCAACAAGUCCAUACCUUCGCAGUACAACAAUGAGCCAGUCACAAUAUUCAUUAACAUAAGCUACAUACUGGACGCAUCUUGUGCUAGUGUGAACUGUAUCCCUAAUUUCCAGUUGCUCUAUCAUCUCUCCAAUGCUAGUGACAGUUCACUGGCUUCACACAGGCCUGGGUACUCACUGAUCAGUAAUGUCAGUUCUGUGGAUGACGUGACACUUCACAUGAAGACUUUCUCUUUUAAUUUGAGUCCGGCAGAUACAGGGUUUUAUAUUGCUAUUAGAGAUAUAGGUGCUAAUAUUACCAUAACUCGUCUAUUCGUCUAUCGUUUGAUUGGUCCCGCUAUGCAGUCUGGUCUAACCCUGUUCCCUGAGACCCCCGCCCCCACAACUGAUUGCAUUAAUAUAACAGGACUCUGUGUCGCUAAUGCCAAUACCAGUACUGGGUCCCUCCCUGUACUGAGUUUGAAUAUCAACGGCAGCUGGAGCUAUGAUGAUGUGUGUAUGUGCAUACCUGGACAUGAACUGAUGCUCAUUGAAGGAACUAAUCAAUGUCAAGCGUGUGCUCCAUCAACAUACAAGUCCACUCUAUCAAACACAGUCUGUACAUCAUGUCCUCCCAACUCAGACAGUACAGUACACGGCUCUAGUGUCUGUCAGUGUGACAGUGGCUUCUAUAGGGCACCUAAUGAUGGACCAUCUAUGCCAUGUACUGGUCCUCCCUCAGCUCCUGUUGGUAUAUUAGUGAACGUUACCACCAGCACCUACUCACUAAUUAGCUGGGGCACCCCCGCCAGCACUGGUGGUAGAACUGAUGUCUAUUAUGAUAUCUAUUACUAUAGCACUGCCAAUGCCACUAGGGUCAAAGCUAACCCUCAGCCAUUAUACGCUACAUCAUACAACUUCACUGGGCUCUCACCACUGACCACUUACCUGGUGACUGUAUCCGCUGAAAAUGGAGUUUCCAAUCAGUCUUCAAGCACUCAGAGGUCUAUCUUUAUAGCAAUUACCACUCCUGAAGGAGUUCCGAUGCCAGUAGUUGGUGUCAAGGUCCUGUCAGGUGGUCAGUAUGUUGAAUGGAAUGUCUCAUCAUCAGCUCAUGGUGUCAUCACUAUGUAUGAGGUCGUCUUUUAUGCUGACCUCAGCGAUCCUUCUCGUCGUGGUCGUUAUAUUCCAGUGCCUAGUGAUGUCACUGUCUAUCAGGUCAACAUUACUAGGGACUUUCCCUCCAGUGGACAACCUGUUUAUGUAUCUGUACGUGCCUAUACUCAAGUUGGUCCUGGAGAUUGGAGUGAACCAAUUGUGUUUUCUCAAACCAAUUCAUUAGCCCCCACUCAAAAAAGUCCAUCAUCAACUACAAGUAUAAAAAUAAUAGCAACUGUGACGUUAUCAACAACAAGUGGUUUGGCAACUACCAGUGUCUCAUCAUCAAGUCAAAUACCUGGUACUACAGAUCAAUCAACGACCACACCCACUGCCACACCUACUGAAUCCGGCUCUAAUCCAGUAGUCAGUAUAGUAGCAGUACUGGGCGGAGCCAUAGGAAUACUAUUAAUAGUAACACUAGGAGCAGUUGGGUAUUUUAUAUUUCGUAAGCUGAGACUCAAGUAUAUGGCAAAGGAGGAGACUGACCACCAUGUCCCCCUCGUUAAGUAUGAGGUGGUGUCGGGAGAAGAGGAGGAGAACAGGGUACAGAUUAACCCUCUCGCUGAAGACAGUUAAUUUUUUACUAUUUUGUGAUAAAACGGAAAAUCAAUAUUUUCUUAAUUUUGUUGUGUUGAUAGUUAAUGAUUGUGUUUUAGUACUUAUUGCGAUUAUUUUUUGUUAAAUUUGCAACUAUUUUUAGCCAACUAACCUCUUAUUUUGAAUUAAAUGUUUAAAAUUUUUAA